ACCGCCAGUGUCGAUACAAGGCCAAUAAAUAAUCAAAACCGCAUCGUGAUGUUUUUCCAAUAAUAUGUAAAAUUAAACUAUGAUAGUACCGAUUAUUACUGAUGUAUAAAAACUAAUCAUAACCGAUUGAUAAUCAAACCGCGCUUUUUCUUCAUUCUUGACCGUGCAUAAAUCGCCGUUGUUAUCACUGAGUAUAAAAGUUAUUACAUUUCGCGCCCACCAUAUCACUCCGUAUUAGUCCUCCGUCUGUGUUAGACUAUCAAUUUCUGUAAAACGAGUCAAGUGUAUCGGUUUUCUAGAGUUUCUUUGCCGGUUGUCAUAAAAUACCAACGAGCAUAGUUGAAUAAAUUUUUUCGCGUGAUAAAUUCACGUUUGAUUUUCAACGAAAAAGCUUUGAAAAUCCGACCGACGUCGCUUCGAGUCGAAACAGUUAAAAUCCUCGCGAUCUAAAUUUUCAUUCAAAUCUAUAAAGUAAUAAGAAUAUCCCACGAUGGGGGCGAACAAUACCAAAGAUUCGCAAAAUUUAUACACCGGUACCAUCGGUGUAACGCAAACGCAGAUGUCAGGGGUUCGAGCCAAGAACCGAGGUGACAGUAGUUCCCGAGAAGGCAGGACGUACGAAAGCACCAUGUCGAGUCUUGAACGCGAUCAACUUGGACAACGAGGUCCUGGAGAUUCCGUAACUCCCGGCUUCACCAGCGGUCUGGACCACAUAAGAAACCCUCAAUUGAACAAGGGAAUGGCAUUUACGAUCGCGGAAAGACAGACACUGGGAAUUCACGGUCUUCUUCCUGCGGCCGUAAAAUCGCAAGAGGAACAACUGGAACUUUGCCGUUUGAAUUUGGACCGUUAUACCGACGAUCUUUCGAAAUAUAUCUACCUCACCGGAUUGCUGGACAGAAAUGAGAGGCUUUUCUAUCGCCUCCUUGGAGAAAAUGUUGAAAAAAUGAUGCCGCUAGUUUAUACCCCAACGGUUGGUUUGGCUUGUCAAAAGUUCGGUCUGAUCUAUCGGAGACCCCGAGGUCUUUUCAUCAGCAUCUAUGACAAGGGUCACGUUUACGAUGUAAUUAAAAACUGGCCCGAACACGACGUUCGAGCGAUAGUCGUCACUGACGGAGAGCGUAUUUUGGGACUCGGUGACCUCGGCGCUUGCGGUAUGGGAAUCCCAAUCGGAAAAUUGUCCCUCUACACGGCCUUGGCGGGGAUAAAACCCCAUCAAUGUCUCCCCAUCACCCUUGACGUCGGCACUAACACCCAGUCGCUCCUCGAUGACCCUCUUUACAUCGGCCACAGGCAGAGGCGUGUAACGGGUCAGGAGUACGACGAUUUUCUCGAGGAAUUCAUGCAGGCGGUUGUCAAGCGUUACGGACAAAAUACUCUGAUUCAAUUCGAAGAUUUCGGGAACUCGAACGCGUUCAGACUAUUGAACAAAUACCGGGAUAGCUACUGUACGUUUAACGACGACAUUCAGGGUACCGCAUCGGUUGCAGUCGCAGGACUCCUCGCAUCUUUGAGGGUCACCGGAACAAAACUAUCUGACAACACGAUAGUCUUCCAAGGCGCUGGAGAGGCUGCUCUUGGAAUCGCCGGACUUUGUGUGAUGGCGAUGCAAAAGGAAGGAGUCAGCGCUGACGUUGCUAAGAGUAAAAUAUGGAUGGUAGAUUCUAAAGGUUUAAUUGUGAAAGACCGUCCGGAAGGUGGUGUAACGGAGCAUAAAAUUCACUACGCCAGGGACAACGCUCCUAUCAGAACUCUCGCCGAAGUUGUAAGAACCGCGAGACCGAGCGUACUUAUAGGCGCCGCAGCCAUCAAGGGCGCGUUUACAACGGAGAUACUUGAAGAAAUGGCAAAUAAUAACGAAAAGCCAAUUAUCUUUGCUCUCAGCAAUCCAACGAGCAAAGCUGAGUGCACCGCAGAGGAAGCUUACAUAGCUACCAAGGGCAAAUGUAUCUUCGCGAGCGGUUCGCCAUUCGAGCCGGUGACUUACGAGGGCAAGACCUUCCACCCUGGUCAGGGUAACAACAGCUACAUUUUUCCGGGCAUAGCUCUCGGCGCGGUGUGCGCCGGGAUGCGCGUCAUACCUGAAGAAACAUUCCUAAUCGCUGCUGACGCGUUAGCAGCGAUUGUUACGGAGGCAGAUCUCGCCAGCGGUGGGCUUUACCCACCCCUCCAAGACAUUCAGAAGUGCUCCCUUGAGGUAGCCGUCAAAGUCAUGGAGUACGCUUACAAGUCUAAAGUCGCAACGGUUCUUCCCGAACCAAAAUCAUACGAAGACUUCAUAAAGGCACAACUUUACGAUACGAAGUACAAGUCAUCUUUGCCUCCGACUUACCCCUGGCCCCAACCGUGAAAUAAUACUAACAAACCAUGAGUAUAACACUAAUUGAUGUACUAAUUCUUUAACUCAGGCUAAAUAAUUGAAUUUUUGUCAGUGUAUAUAUUGAUAACAAAUAGUUAAGGCAAUGAAUUGUUAUCCAGAUGUUAUUUAAUUAUUAAUUAAAUUAUUUCUGUGAGAAAAUAAGUGAAAAGAAAAAUGAAAUAUGAAAAAAUCUAACGGGUGAAAAACAUCAGACAUCGAUGUAUGUACAUCUCAUUAAUAUCUCACGCCAACUUUUAAUAUUGGAGCAAAGAAAAUUGUUGACUCUUGUAAAUUAUACUGUGCUUAAGGUAAUAUAUUUUUAAUCGUAUCGUUUCUCAUAGGUAUGUAUGUGUAUUAUUACACAACCUUUUUAUCAAUUGUACAGAUACAAUAAAAUAAUGAUCCCCCUA